AUAAAAAAAUAGAGUUUAAAUUUCUCACCUGUUUUCCCCUAUAAAGAUGAGCCUAAUUUCUCACCGAGAAUCAGCAAUUGGUCUUCCUAAAUUCUUUUCCUCUUUUUAAACAACCAUUGUUGAGCAGUGUUGCAAAAUUCUUGAACAAGGUUUGGUCGUCUUCCUUUAUUCAAAACCUCAACACACCAAGUAGCCAAUCAUAGUAACACAAAAUCUAUUCCCUCUCGUAACAUGUUUUACAUAGAAAAUAUGUUAUAUAAUGUUUUUAGGUUGAUCGGUUGGUGCUGACGGGAUAGAGUUGAGUGUCAGGGUUCCACUCCGUCUUUUUGCCUCCACUAAUGACGAGCUUCAAAUCUUGUCUUUCAAUUCAGUAAACUAAAGACUUCUACUAUGCGAUGCAGUAUUAACUUGUCGAGUCUAGACUCCUAAUUCGUAUUUAUUUUAAUUGAUUAGCUUAGUUAGGUCUUUCCAUUAUUUUCCUAUUUUUUAUUGCCUUGGAAAAUCGUUACAAAUUCUCUCUUAUUAAUUACAUUUUAUUGAUUUUUUUUUUUGGUGUUUGACACAUGUAUACGUUCUUCUUCUCAACUUCAUUUAUCUAUUUAUCACCACAUACAUAUAAACUCAAUAAAAAUAUGGGCGUACAAUAUUGGAAUAUAGAAAUAAAAUCUUGUCUGCAUAGUGUAUAACUAAGUAUUCAUUUAGCGAUCAUUGCUCACUCUUUUCAUAACAUAAGCCAAUAUUUUCCAGCCCACAUUUGGCCCUAAUAAUCGCCCAUACCAAGACCGUGGUAUCAUUCUAAUCACACCACAUGCAAUGCAACUAAUAUUUUAUUAAAAAACAAUUCACUUUUUUUUUUUCCUUUUCCUUGUGAUUUGUUACUAUAUAUUUUACAUUUUGUUAACUUAAUCUGUUUGAUUAAAUCGCUGCAGGUUGUGCUUCCUUUCACUUCAAAAGAAGCAGAAGCAGAAAUGGAGAGCAGCAGGAGCAACAACAUUGUUGUGAAGGUGUUUGGGAGUUCAGUGAGCUACAUGAGGAGAUGGCUGUUCCGGGCGCUGUCAGUGGGGGCGAUCCCAAGGCACGUGGCGUUCAUCCUGGACGGAAACAGGAGGUACGCCAGGAAAUGGAACUUGGGGGAGGGGAUGGGCCACAGGGCCGGCUUCCUCUCCCUCAUGACCCUCAUGAAGUACUGCUACGAGCUGGGAGUCAAGUAUGUCACCAUCUACGCCUUCAGCAUAGACAACUUCAAGAGGAAGCCCGAGGAGGUGCAGUACGUCAUGGACUUGAUGCUCGAGAAGAUUGAAGGUCUGCUCAAGGAGGAGAGCAUUGUCAACCAGUAUGGAGUCCGAGUGGAGUUUGUUGGGAAUCUCAAGCUUCUAAGUGACCCCGUUCGCCUUGCUGCUGAGAAGGCCAUGGAACUCACUGCUAAGAACAGUAGAGCCAUUCUGUUGAUUGCUGUUGCCUACACUUCCACUGACGAGAUAGCCCACGCUGCUCAACAAUCCUGCCUUGACAAGAUUCAGAUGAGGAGUGGUUUUUGUUUUGGUUUUGCCAAAGCUGAUGAUGAUGCCAUUACCAUAAGGCUUGGUGAUGUGGAGAGCCAUAUGUACAUGGGAGUUGCGCCUGAUCCGGAUAUACUGGUCAGGACUUCAGGGGAGACGCGCCUCAGCAACUUUCUGCUCUGGCAGACCUCCAAUUCCCUGCUCUACUCGCCUAGGGCGCUCUGGCCGGAGAUGGGGCUGCGCCACCUUGUGUGGAUUGUCUUGAAUUUUCAGAGAGUUCAGCCUUACCUAGAGAGGAGGAGGAAGCUGCUCUCCUGAUAUAUACCAGUACUUAUCUUUGAAUGUUUGUUCAUAUUUUCCAGUUCAAUAAUAAGUUGUUGUUUGCAUAUAA